GCAAAGUGAAGCUGGUGGAGGGUGCCUGAUCUGGCUGCUGCCAGGGGCGGGCGGGACGGCGCACCAUGUACACUCUCACCAAGGGGCCCAGCAAGCUGGUCGCGCAGCGCCGCACAGGUGCCACACAGCAGCAGGUGGAGAGCAGGCUUGGCGAGCUCCUGAAAUGCCGGCAGCCGGUGCCGCCGACCGCGCUACCCACGCGCGAGCAGCCCUCUGCACAGCCUCAGGGACCCUGGCCCCUUGCAAGUCCGGGGCCAAGGCUUGUGUUCAAUCGAGUGAAUGGCCGGAGGCCCCUCACCACCUCCCCAUCCCUCGAGGGGACCCAAGAGACCUACACAGUGGCCCACGAGGAGAACGUCCGAUUUGUGUCCGAAGCCUGGCAGCAGGUAGAGCGACAGCUGGAUGGCUGCCCUGCCGAUGACGGUGGCCCACGGCCUGUGCAGUAUGUGGAGAGCACUCCUGAUCCCCGGCUACAGAACUUUGUACCUAUUGACCUGGAUGAGUGGUGGGCACAGCAGUUCCUGGCUAAAAUCACCAACUGUUCCUAACAGCUGUCCGGGAAGGAAUGUUGCCAUAGUGGACCCUUUGCCAGAAGAGGACCAUGGUGCGCUGGUCCACCUUGUGGCUUGGCUGGGUACCGGCCACACCUGAAGUGCCAACAUUUGGACUUUUGCACCUGUUGUUCCCUUGGCUUGGCUGUCCCAAGAUGCCAGAGUCAGGGGUCAAACCUAUCUAACCUCAGUCCUGCUCACUGUGCCCAGGGACAAGCCCCUGGGGCUGGCAGGGAGGAGUUCAGGCUAAUAAAGUUGAUAAACUGCCC